AUGGCAUUCACAAGGGCUGAACACCAUGCUAGACAUAUACGUAAGCACACAGGAGAAAAACCAUUUCAAUGUGACAUUUGUAUGAAGUUUUUUAGUCGUAUCGACAAUCUGAAACAACACAAAGAUUCUGUUCAUUCAGCAAACAAGGCAAAGGGAUUCAAUUCUGUCUAUUAUGGCCAGAAAAAGGUUAAACAAAAUAAAAAAUCAGAGUCAUCUUCUCCAGAUAGCAUUAUUAGCAAGUUAGGCCAAUAUAGUUCCCCAGACUCAGAUUCUUCAUCAAAAUCACAAUCUUUCAAGAAUAGUAAUUCGGCCAAUUCAAACAAUCUUGAUCGGAAAACUCAAGAAAGUAGAUUUGAAAAAUCCACACGCAAAUCCUAUGCUUCGUCUAUUUUCUCGAAUUCCGAUAACAACGAUAGCUACAAUACCUCUUUUUCAACUUCAUCAAUAUCACAAUCGUCAGUUGUACCUCGACUAUCCAGUAACAAUGAGGGAAAUAUACCCAAUGAGAGAAAUGUUAGCUUUAAGAGUGUGCCUCAAUAUCAACAAAGUCAUCCGAUCUUUCAGUUGAAUGUUUCUAAUCCUCCAAAUCAAUUUGCGCCAUUAUUGCACUCACAAGCCAACAGUCAACAAUUUCCAAUGCAACCGCUCCCGACACAUAACCAAGAGAGGCGUUUUAAUGAUAAUCGUGGAUUUGCGUAUUUUAAUAAUGAUAAUAGCAAAAUAGCUGUAUUUCCACACGCAUUUGGAUAUGAAAGAACAAAAACUUAUCCUGAACCGGCUAUUUCCCACAAUGAAAUUUUGAUUACUCCUAAUUUUGCCCAAUAUGGUCAAUCGUUCAGUAACAAUACGAACAACAAUACAUUCCGAACAACGUCACCCUCUUCAUAUAGGUGUCCUAACCCAUCAAGUAAAAAGAGGCAACAUAGUUAUGAGAAAUUGCAUGAAUUGAAUAAUAAUUAUAACCAUCCUAGACCAAACAUUAGAAAUGACAAAAAUAACUUGGAUAUUAAAAAUAAGCCAGACAAUAACUCGACGAGUUUUGCAGACAGGGGACCAGAAAUUAUUACGACUGACCAAAAGACAUCAGCAUCUGAAAGUCGUGCAACUGAUAGUUCUGACGAUGACGCCUCUACAUCUAGACUAAAGUUAAAGUACAUUAUCACUUAG